UAACAAUAUAUUGAUCACUCUGUCUUCUAAGUCCUUUUGUGUUAAUUACAAAGUAACACAGAAGAUGAAUAUAAAGGUAAAAGAAACAAGCAUGAUAUGCCCAGCCCAAGAGCUGCCUAACCAGCAUCUAUAUCUCUCUAAACUGGAUAUAAAUCUGCCUCAAACAAGCAUACACUAUAUGCUGUAUUUUUACGAGUCAAAUAAUAAUUUUUUUGACGGUACUAAAGUGCUAAAAGAGGCACUGAGCAACGUUUUAGUGCAAUUUUAUCCUGCGGCAGGCAGAUUGGGAAGAGAUGAGAAGGGCAGGCUUCAAAUAAACUGUAAUGGAGAUGGGGUUUUAUUUAUAGAAGCUGAAACAGAGUCUGCCAUACAUGAGCUUGGUGACUCCAUGCUUUAUGAGGAAAAUCGCCAACUUAUUCCAAGAGUUGAUCAUUCCAAGAACGACAUAUCUUCUUUUCCACUUUUUGCAUUACAGGUAACAAAAUUUAGAUGUGGUGGACUAUCACUAGGAAUGCAGUGGCAUUAUACACUAUCAGAUGGUAGAGCCUAUAUCCAUUUUGCCAAGACAUGGUGUGAAAUAGCUCGUGGUCUCCCCAUUAGCCAUCAACCAUUCAUCGACCGAACCAUCCUCCGUAACCAAGUCGCCGGAAAACCUAAAUUCCGACACUCUGAAUAUGACAAUCUACCUCCUAUAAAUCCAACGCAAAACAAUAAUGCCAAAACUGAAAUAUUUAAGAUCACAGUAGAACAACUUAAUGCCCUGAAAUCUAAGGUACAGGAAGAAAACAACAACCAUGGCAAUGGAAAAACUAAGUACAGUAGUUAUGAAAUUCUAACUGCACAUAUAUGGCGUUGCACAUGCAAAGCACGUGGCUUAUCGAAUGAUCAAGCGACCAAGAUCAACAUGGCUGUGGAUGGGAGGUCAAGGUUAAAACCUCCACUUCCAAGCGGCUACUUCGGCAAUGCAGUUUUCCGGGCUAGUCUCACUGCUUUAUCUGGUGAGAUAAUAUCAGAGACGUUGAAGGAAACUGUAGAACGAAUCAGAAAGGCGAUAAAUCGGAUGGAUGAUGAGUUUUUGAGGUCAACUAUGGAUUAUAUUGAUGGAUUGGAUGAUAUAAGUGCAAUUCAAAACAGGUGUCCGAAUUUAGGUAUAACAAGUUGGAUGAGGAUUCCUUUUUAUUCUCUUGAUUUUGGGAUGGGUAAGCCAUUAUGUUUUAGACCUGUAAAUCCAGUGGAAGGUAAAGGAUACAUACUACCAACUCCGAGCAAUGAAAUCGAUGGGAGUUGGGCAUUAAUUAUAACCCUAGAGAUAAAUCAUAUGGAAUCCUUCAACAAGUUAUUCUACAUGUUGGAGGCAGAUCUCUGAUAUUAUUCCUUCCAAAAUAUAGUGUUUUUUUUUUUUUUUUUUUUU